CCACACUAUAAAUAGGACCUGCUUUGUACCCCAACGUUGGUUAUAUUUAAUAUUAUUAUUAUUAUUAUCUAUUAUUUAUUUAUUGUUCGUUGAUUUUUUUUAUUUUUCUUUCUUUUCACAAUGGCCAGUCAGAGAAUCGGCGUCUUUCCUGCCGCGGGUGGUAUUGGUGGUAGCACUGUCAAGUACUUGCUCCCGCGGCGUCCGGCUAAAGAUCUCGUCUUCAUCGCUCGGUAUCCCGACAAGUUAGAAUAUGCCUCUGCUGCGGGAGCAACUGUUCGCCAGGCCGAUUAUGAUGAUGACAAGUCCCUAGAGCAUGCUUUUGAUGGAAUCGACACUCUGUUCCUGAUCUCGUAUGCUUCAGUUGAAGUGGAGCACCGAGCUGAGCGUCACCGAACUGCAAUCGACUACGCUCUCCGUAGUGGUGUGAAAUACAUUUUCUAUGGAUCCCUGGGAUUCGCUGGCAGUCCAGAAAGCAAAGAGUCAGUUGCUCAUGUGAUGCAGGCUCAUUUGACUACCGAGAAGUAUCUCGAAGAGUGCGCCCGCUCGCAUCCCGGAUUCGCCUACACCAUUGUACGGGAGGGACUGUACUCUGAAUCGUAUCCUCUUUAUACCUCGUUCUUUGACCCCGCCGAUCCGGUUGAUGAGAUCAAGAUUGCCCACGACGGAUCCGGCCCCGGGAUUGCCUGGGUCAAGCGGGAAGAACUGGGAGAGGGAACGGCGGAGCUGUUGAAUAUCUUCGCUAAGAAUCCAGAGGAGUUCAAGUUCCGGAAUAAGACGGUUCUCCUUUCUGGUACCAAGGUGUUGAGUCUUCAGGAGACGGUGGAUAUUCUGGCUAAGAUCGCGAAGAAGCCUGUGAAAAUCGUUCAGGUGUCGGAUGAAGAGUUCGCGCGCCAGCCCAAGAAUUCGCCGAACUUCACGUAUCAUGGCGUUGACCUCUCUAAACCAUGGGCAACGGCUUUUGAAGCUUUCCGCAGAGGCGAAGCGAGUAAAGCAUCGCCGCUCCUACGUGAACUGCUCGGUCGCGAGCCGGAAGAUUUCGAAACCACAAUCUCGCGAGCCUACACAACCUCGCAAGCCUAGUUUGCAUGGGCGUGGGAGGUUGAUCAGUGUUUUUCUCAGCAACAGAAAUUCCUCAGAUCAAAUAUAACUUGUCAUCAAACUUGCGAGCACGCUCGACUAUUAUUACUGUAUACUAGCAAGAUGAUGAAGGAAAAGAAUCGAGU